AUGCACACUGAUUCUCCAUCAUUGGUUGUUGGUGGUGAUGAUGAGUCUGAAGUCACAGGUGCCUUGGUUGAACCAGUUGUUGAUCCACAUGUAACAGCCGUUUGGGGGAAGAAUGUCACCCUGAAAUGCAUAAUUGAAAUAAAUGGAACAAUAACACAAAUCUCAUGGGAGAAGAUGCAUGGUAAAAGUAAACAGACCAUUGCUGUUCAUCAUCCUAAAUAUGGGUUUACUGCUCGAGGAGACUACCAAGGAAGAGUGUCACUUAAGAACCACUCACUUACUGAUGCAACUAUCACCCUAAACAAUAUAAGCUUUUCUGAUUCAGGAGAAUAUAUAUGCAAAGCAGUUACAUUCCCACUAGGAAAUACUCAGUCAUCAACAACCGUAACUGUAUUAGUUGAACCCAUUGUGAGCCUAACAAAGGGACCAAACUCUUUAAUAGAUGGUGAAAAUCAGACAGUAGCAGCCAUUUGUACAGCAGCCACUGGAAAACCUGCUGCAGAUAUUGAUUGGGAAGGUGGGCUUGGAGAAGUGGAAUCCAGUUGUACUUUAUUUCCAAAUGAAACCAUGACAGUUGCCAGUCAGUACAAACUCAUACCCACCAGAUUUUCCAGAGGAAGAUUCAUAACUUGUGUUGUGAGGCAUCCGGCUUUGGAAAAGGAGCUGAGAUAUCCUUACACAUUGGACAUACUAUAUGCGCCUGAAGUUUCAGUAAGUGGGUAUGAUGGAAACUGGUUCAUUGGAAGAGAGCAUGUUCAGCUCCAGUGUAAUGCUGACGCAAAUCCACCACCCACGGAAUUUACAUGGACCAGGUUGGAUGGGCAAUGGCCUGAAGGUUUAAUGUCUUCAAAUAAUAGUCUGCAUUUCAACAGUCCGUUGACUUACAAUUAUGCUGGGACUUACGUCUGUAAGGUGACCAAUUCCCUUGGACAAAGAAGUGAUCAACAGACGAUCUACAUUUUAGACUAA